GGUACAUGUUUGACUCUAUGAGCUGCAUUCGCUCUAGCUAGCACAUAAACAAUACAUUUUCUAGUAUAGUUUUCUUACUAUACAUGAUGAUACAUUAAAUAUAUACCACGUCACUUAAUAGAGAUAUGAUAGUGGGACUUAUUGGUGUUCUUUGAAGGAUAACGAGCCUUUUACGAGUCAACUGACGUCGACUUCCGACAAUGUUGCUGAAUCAGUGUCGCCUCUCCAAAGCGCUGCAGCUCACCCUGGCGGUCAUUAAACCAGAUGCAGUGGCUCAUCCUCUCAUCAUGGAGGCUCUUCACCAAAGCAUCCUAGAUAACAACUUCGUUAUUGUUCGACGCAAAGAUUUAGUGUGGAGAAGAGCUGACUCAGAGAGGUUUUAUGCUGAACAUUCAGGGCGAUUCUUCUUUCAGAGACUUGUUGAGUUUAUGUCAAGUGGUCCCAUGCGAGCGUAUAUCUUAGCCAGAGAGGACGCCAUUCGCCACUGGAGAGAACUGAUGGGUCCAACCAAAGUGUUCCAAGCAAGAUACACAUCCCCUGGGUCUCUGCGAGCUCAGUUUGGACUCACAGACACACGAAACACGGCUCACGGUUCAGGUACCACAGAAGAAAUAUUCCACCAAGUCUGCUCAGAGAGAAAUGGCUUUCUUCUUUCCUGAUUUUGGUGUGGAGGAGUGGAUGGCGAUGGAAGAACCAGCCUUCAGAUCAGGACAGAUAUAUUACGACCAUCACAAACAUGUGCAUGCACUCUCAGCACCGAGUUGACCCCAGAUCCACUCAUGACUAUUUAACUUGGAUGUUAGUUACUAAAACAAAGAACUUGGAUGCUAGUUACCAGAGGUAUGGACUCGAGUCACAUGACUUGGACUCGAGUCAGACUCGCUGAAUGAAUUUGAUGACUUUAGACUCGACUUGAUAAAAUGUAAAGAGACUUGCAACUCGACUUCGACUUUAACAUCAAUGACUUGUGACUUCACUUGGACUUCAGCCUUUUGACUUGACAAGACUUGCUACUUUCCCCAAAACCCAAAGAUUAAAAAGUUAUUCAGGA